UCGAUAUGGCUGAGGCGGUGGGUGUUGUGGCCGAAUCCCUUGCGGGAGACAGGGCACGGGCGGCGCGCACUGUGCUAGAUCAGGUGGUGCUCCCGGGUGAGGAACUGCUGCUGCCCGAGCAGGAGGACGCUGAAGGCCCAGGAGGUGCUGGGGAGCGACCGCUGCGCCUGAAUGCGGGGACGCGCUCCCGGGGGCGCGUUGUGUGCGGCCCGGGCUUGCGGCGCUAUGGCGACCGCCUGCUGGUCACCAAGUGCGGCCGCCUCCGUCACAAGGAGCCCGGCGGCGGCAGCGGCGGUGGCGUGUACUGGGUGGAUUCACAGCAAAAACGGUAUGUCCCAGUGAAAGGAGACCAUGUGAUCGGCAUAGUGACAGCUAAAUCUGGAGAUAUAUUCAAAGUUGAUGUUGGAGGGAGUGAGCCAGCAUCUUUGUCUUACUUGGCAUUUGAAGGUGCAACUAAAAGAAACAGACCAAAUGUGCAGGUUGGAGAUCUCAUCUAUGGCCAAUUUGUGGUUGCUAAUAAAGAUAUGGAACCAGAGAUGGUCUGUAUUGACAGCUGUGGACGAGCCAGUGGAAUGGGUGUGAUUGGACAGGAUGGUCUUCUUUUUAAAGUGACUUUGGGCUUAAUUAGAAAGCUCCUGGCUCCAGACUGUGAAAUCCUACAGGAAUUGGGAAAACUCUACCCACUAGAGAUAGUAUUUGGAAUGAAUGGAAGAAUAUGGGUUAAGGCAAAAACCAUUCAGCAGACCUUAAUUUUAGCAAACAUUUUAGAAGCUUGUGAACACAUGACAGCAAAUCAAAGAAAACAGAUCUUCUCCAGAUUGGCAGAGAGUUAGAUGGAAUUUUUUAUGGGUCAGUUGACCCAAGAGACCAUGGGUUUCCUGGGGAAAAAUUUUUCAGGGGAACCUCUCCCCAUUAAACAUUCAGAAGACAAAAUGUGAAUAUACAUAUUGUCUUAAUUAAAGUCCUAAAUAAAAUAUUUUUAUAAAAAUGUUACUAGUUGCCACCCAUGUUCUUGUGGGUGAGAAAAAUCAUUAUAAAAUAAUGAUGUAUUUUUUUCUUUACAAUAAAGUUUACUAAAAGUA